AUGUCUUGGAGCAUUGUCUCAUCGGUUUUGCGCAACGCCGUAGCGGGGCCAUCUCGGCUUGCUUCUGGCACUCUCUCGCGCCAGUCUGGUUCACAACGCACGUUUUCGUCGUCGUCAAUAUGGAGCGUCACUCUGCAACAGAAUCUGCGAGGAGCACGAAAACCGCACCGUCCUGCUGUGAACAAGGUGCCCGCUCUGGAGUCCAAACCAUUCGUCAAGGGAGUUUGCAGCAAGAUCUUUACCACCAAGCCCAAGAAGCCCAACUCGGCGAUUCGAAAAGUGGCGCGUGUCAAGCUGUCCAACGGCCGUUCUGUCGCAGCGUACAUUCCGGGUGAAGGCCACAAUCUGCAGGAACACUCGGUAGUACUCGUCAGAGGCGGCAGAGUACAGGACUGUCCAGGUAUCAGAUAUCACUUGGUCAGAGGUGCUCAGGACUUGGCCGGUGUCGCAGGAAGACACACUUCAAGGUCAAAGUACGGCGCAAAGAAGCCCAAGGCCACUCCUUGA